AUGAGUACCAUACCCGUUGGAUCAUCUUCCACCAUUCCGACUGCCAAUCAACUUGUCUAUGCAGUCACUAACGUUUACAAUCAGUUUAGCUUCAAGUUGUCAGUUGAUGGAUCGAAAUACAAACUAUGGCGUCGCACUUUCCUUGAUAUUUGUAAAGGUGCCAAAGUUAGUGGCCAUAUUACUGGCAAAUCCAAGCCAAAUGGUGCAAAAGAUGAAGAUUGGGAAGCUCUUGAUUCGCGGAUGUCGCGUAUGCUUCAACUUCAAGAUCAAUUUCGCAACACCAAGAAAGGCACUUCCACCAUCACCGAGUUUUGCCAUACAUUGAAAAAUCUUGCAGAUGCUUUUGCCGAUGUUGAAUCCCCCAUUACCGAAAUCGAGCUUGUAAUGCAAAUCUUAAGGCAACUUCCCGCAUCCUUUCUCGUGCUGACAUGA